ACGGAAUUAAAUAUCAGUAAUGAUGAGUAGACUUGAGUAAUUAAUUAAGACAUUAAGGUAUAGAAUGUCUUAUCAAGGCCACCUUUCAACUUAAACUGCAAUUCAAUCUGUUAUAAAUCGGUAUCAAAAUUAAAUAUUAAAUGCAGCUUAGCUGGUUUAUUAAAUAAAACUAUUUAAUGCAUAUUAAAUAAUAUCGCGUAUUAAUUUAUUCAUUUAGAAAGUAAUAAAAUAUUGAAACAACUUUAUUAAUUAAUCAUUUUUUUAUUGAUUUACUAUUUGUAAUUAUAAUUACAAUUACAUUUGAAUAAAUUUACCGGUAAUUAAAUUUUAAAAAAUUUUUAGUAACAUUCACAUUUGAGAAAUGGAAUUUUCGGAGCGUAAAUAUGUACGGGACCACUAAAGCUGAGUCUUAUUUUUAUUUAGCAUGUGCUUGUAUUGAGACUUUUAAGAGGUGGAUAAGACGGUAGGGAUAAGAAACGCGUGGAUGUAGUAAAAGACCACUCGCUACUUAGUCUACCGAUCGCGUCCUUACUGAUAACUUGCUGUAAUUUCUUCUUCCCUCCACUUCUUAAAGUCUGACAGUGUUUAUACAUUCACUACUCCAAUCGUCUAAUGAUAAUAACAAUAAUUCAAAAAAAUAAAUGAAUUCAAAAAAAAAAUAUUUAAAAAAAGUAAAUUUAUAAAUAAAAAAUAUUCAAAAAUGCCCAUAAAAAUAUUAUCUAUUACUUUUUAAAAUGCAAAUGUGAAUUUUUAACGAGCGUGACCUUUCGGUAACCGGCUGAAUAAUAUUUUUUAAAAUUUUAAGUGACUGAAAAAAAGACCAAAAAUUUAUUAUAAUUUCUGAUAAAUUUAAAAACCGUUUGAAAUAAAUAAAUAAUUAUUUUUUUUUUUUAAUUAAUUAAUAAAGGAAGUGAAGGCUACUUGGUAUUAACAGCUGUUCGUGUUACUUGACCAAGUAACACGCCCAAUGUACCAACUCGCGCUUCGUCAACUUUCAAUGAAAGAAAGUUACGAAAGUCCGAAAGACUUAAACUUCUAUUCGUGAUCAAUAAACAAGUUACAUUAGUAUCGAAAUUACCAUAAACUUAAAUAAUUUGUAUAUUAAUAGCUUACACGCUAUUAAUUAAAAAUAUGACUUGUACGGGGGUUUCAAACCGAUCGAUGUUAUGAUAAAAAUUUAAACUGGGAAAGUGUCAUUUCUUCUUUCAUUUCUUCCCGUCUUUAACUUUCUUCUUGUCUUCGUCGGUCUUCUGCUUGAUUAGUAAACUUUCUGGGCCCUGUUUACAAUAAAAUAACUAAUGGGGUGGAAACGUCAACCGAAUCACAGGAUGAUUCUUCAAGAGACGAUCAAUUGGUCACAGAGUGUAAAUGGGGAUUGAUUUAAAUCAAUUAAGUGUUGAGUUUAAGUGAAAUCGAACGAGUGAUUGAACGAAUAAAUAUAUAAUUAUAUAAAUACAUUAUAUUAUUAUUGUUUUAACCAACGACAGUUUAAGUAUUUAACUUCUUAACGAUACUCUGGAGAAAUUAGCAAGUAGAAAGUCAAAAUUCUGUGGAUUUAUUUAAUAAAAGGUCACGAGUUGCCCGUAGCCAUGAACCUCGCGCUGCAUAGACUCCUGCUGCAGGUUAUCCUGUUGAUCCUUCAGUUACAUCAUGGCUUCCGAUUGUGCAGCGCGGGGGAACCUGGCUACUUGGAUUUUGAUAAUUUGCCGGAGACGAAUUUUUCAUGCCAGGGAAAAGUUAUCGGUGGUUAUUACGCAGACGUUGAGGCAGGAUGUCAAAUGUUUCAUGUCUGUACCAUUGGUCAAAAAGACGUGGUUACAGACGAGAUAAUGGACAUAAAGUUCCUCUGCCUGAAUGGUACAGUGUUCGAUCAGGAAACGAGGGUCUGCGAACGAGUGGACGAGGUCGACUGCAGCAAGAGUGAACGCUUCUACAACCUCAAUCUCGAACUUUACGGCAACAAUGCCGUGACACUCAGUCUGCACGAGGGCGAAGAUGAGAAUGAAGAAACGCCAGUGGUAAUUGAGGAUCACCAAGUCGGUGUAACAGCCUCUUCACAAUCGAGUACAAGUACUACGAGCACAACGACCCAGCGAGCAUUAAUCUCAUCUACAACCGCUGCCAGCGGAUCUUAUCAGCAUCCGAGUGGUUAUCCGCAGCACUAUCAGCCACAGCCACCAUUCCCGUCCCUUCAAACUAGUCAAUCAAAGUCCCUAUAUGACGACAAGAACGGCGGUUAUCAUCGUCAGUACAUUUAUCACAUUGGCAAUGACCCUAAUGUCAAUGUCAACAAUAAUAACAACAACAAUAAUAAUAAUAAUCAUCAUAAUAACCACAAUAAUAAUAACAAUAAUAAUAACCACAAUAAUAACAAUAAUAAUAAUCAUAAUAAUAACAAUAAUAACAAUCGUGCGACGUCGUACCAAUUAUUUAGUAAUCAAGGAGCAAGCUCAACUACUGGAGCUCCUCAGGUUCACCAGAUCCACUACAGCUCAACGUCUAAUUCCCAAGUAAACAUUGGCGGCAAUGAUGCGUCGCCAGUGCCCUCAAUCUUCCACCCAACUUCGUCAACGAUCCAGACCCUGUUGAACGGAAACUCAAACAACCCGACACUCAUAAAUCCUAUUUUUCAUAACAACGGGAUUGUCAGCAGCACUGAACACUAUACAGUGCACAAUAAUAACGCACGUGAAACAGUGGAUUAUCAGACAGAAAUGAACAAUCAGAAUGACGAUGACGAACAUGAUGAAUCAAAUAUAAACAACAAUAAUAAUGGUGAUAGUGAUGGUAAUCAAGAUCGAAGAUACCUUGAGCCAAUAGAGUCUUCAAAUCAAGGAGAAAUAUCUAAACUGACGGCAUCAAGUGGCCCUUCAUCACACGAUGAGAGAAUUAAGCAGUCGAAAAUUACUCAAACUGUUACUCAAUCUCAAUUAUUGCAGCAACAGCAACAACAACAGCAUCAGGAACAGCAACAUCAUCAGCAACAGCAUCAGCAACAGCAACAACAUCAGCAACAGCAUCACCAUCAACACCAACUUCAACAUCAGCAGCAUCAACACCAGCACAGUAGAAUACCAACGGGUUUUUUGACUCUUGCACAAAUGAACAGCGGCGGCGCACCCCGUCCGUUCUAUCCACCGCCAAAAUCCACCAGCAAAUCACAGUCACAGACAACUCAUGUGACACAACACAUUCAUAUACCGCCAAUACCACCGAUACCGCAAUUAAAACCACAUCAGGUGACAAUUAACUUGCCCCCACCGGAUAUACAGAGAAUCGUGUCGCAAAAUCCGUCACCGCUGCUGCCUUCGCAAUCCCGAGUUAUCGUCACUGCCAAGGCUAGUGUCAGUGAUGAGUCCGGACGACCGCUAAACUCAACGCAGCUUGUCACUCUUCCAUUGCCUACUAUACCCGCUAGUUAUGAUGAUUACAAAGAAGGCGACGAGUCUUUUGAUCCUUUCUAUCGGGAUGUCCCGAAAAUUCGCAACACCAGACGUUCAUACGCACCGUGGGAAUUAAUGCGUGACUAUAGACGACUUAAAAGGUCAACUGAUGAUGUAAAAAUUCCGGCGCCAGUGAGUUAUGAUGAUGAAUAUGCUGAUGUAAGUGAAAAUAAUGAUACGAAAUUAAUAGACAGUCAGGUUGUUGAUACUAAAGAUUAUUUAAAUGAUGAUGAUAAUGAUGAUGAUGAUGAUGGUAAUAAUAAUUAUAAUUAUAAUUUCGAUGGUGGUUUCAAAGUUGAAGAAGAAAAAGAACAAGCUGCUAAUGAUGAGAUUGAGGAUGAUGGACAUGAAGAGCUUCCGGUAUCUGAGGAACAGGUUGAAUUAUUUAACGAUAAAAAAAAUACUUCUCGAGUUGGCGUUGAGUUAAACAAGACAACAGAUUAUCUUAAUGAAAGUGAAGAGAUUGAAGUAGAGGACGAGGAGUAUAUUGAUUCGAAUGAAUAUUCUCAAGUCCCGGCGACUGAGUACGACAUGCUGAUGGAUGAGAAGAAUUAUGAGCUGUCGAAUAUUACAGAAUUGAUAGCAACUGAGAUAAAUAAUUCAACGGAGAUAAUUACUACAACAGACGAUCCUACUACUAUUCAGCCUUCUGAUGUUACUUUGGUGAAUGAUUACGAGAUAGAGGAGAAGACUGAUGGAGUUUUGAAAUUCACUGAUGAAAUUCCUCCAUCGGGCGAUGAUGAUAAUGAUGAUGACAAAGGAGCUUUGGAUAAAGUUGAACAAGUCAUCGAGUCUGUACCAGUAUCUUCAAUGCCAAUGGAUUAUGUAGAUGAUAAUUACGAGCCUCAGCAUUAUCAUGAUGAAAAUAUUUCACUUUCUAUUGAAGAUGAAAUUAAAAUAUUCCUAGAAAAUAGUUCUGUCAGUUCAGAUGAUAAUUUUGAUCAAGCAGACGAUAAUUUUAGUACUGAAAUGUUCAUUUAUUCAACAACACCCGAUACAACUUCACCAAUACCCGAUACAACCUCAACAACGACAACUUCUACAACUACAGCACCCAGUACUUCUACAUCUACUUCAACACCUAGUACAACUUCUACAUCUACAUCUACUACAACUACUACAACAACAACUACAACUACAUCUACUACAGUACCCAGUACAUCUACAACUUCAACGACAUCCAGUACAACAACAACAACAACAAGUAGUACUUCAAAGCCUUCUAAAACAUUAUUUAAACCAUAUACAACAAGAAAAAAUUACAAUUACAUACCACCGACAACAACACCAGUACCAGUGGUAAUAAAAACACGUCUACCAUUAUUAAAUCCAAAACCAGCAAAGCCACCAAAGUCUUACAAUGAAAUCGCACCGAAACCUGUAAUCAGAAAAGUUCCUUUAUCGGCAAAACGAGUAACAACUCAACGUAAUAUUGAAACUGAGUCUACAACUAAUUUUAUUGAUCAUAAUUUAUCUGAUAAUGUGGAAUCUAAACCCAUAAUUUCUUCUUCUUCUUCUGCUUCUCCUUUUCUUUCUUCUACUACUACUACUACAACUUCUGCAACGACUUUGUUUACAACCACGACAAUGGAGUCUCCACAAACGAGUGAAAUUAACCAGACAAAUGAAUCAACAAGCACACAAAUGUCAACGGAAGUAGAAAUGUCAAAUGAACAAGCAGACGUUAUGGUGACACCAUCGUCAGCACAAGACAUGGAAACUAAAAUAGAGGACCCAGCGACUUACACACCAACUUUGCCGCCUGCUGAAUUAAUAAGCAGGAAAUUCAACGUCAUUCGCAAACCCAUUGAUACUUUUAAUUGUUUGAAUGUAGAGUUGUAUCGUUUUUACGCAGACAAAAGAGACUGCCGAUUAUUUCAUUACUGCUCGCCGGGUUUCACAUCGAGGCAGGUCCUCGACUUUAGAUUUGUCUGCGAAGAAGGCACCAUUUUUGAUGAACAAACUCAGAGCUGCGUUUAUCAACUAGAAAAUUCAAAGUGCCGUAAAAAAAUUUGGUGAUUGGAUUUAAUUCUUUUUUUAAGUUUUGAUGAGCGCUCUCUCUAUCUCUCUCUUUCCAUUCUACAAAACUCAUUGAUUUUGAUAAUUAGUGAAUCCUUAUAGAUUAAAUGGAUAUUUAUACACAUUAAGGACAUUCUCAGACAGCCCCCCCCCCACUUUUCAAAAAAAUUUAAUGACUCAAUUGUAAUGACGGUAUUAAAGUUUUGAUAGUUAAUUAAAAAAAAAGUUAAAGCAUUAAUUGAAAAAAAGGACAGGGUAGUUACAAUUUUGCCGAUAUAUAGAUUUUUAAAAAAAUUACUCACAGUGAUCAAUUAGGAAUUAAACGAAAUUUUGUAAAUAAAUUCUAAUUGAUUAACUGUAAAUAAUUUUUUUUAAAUCUAUGUCUAGGCGAAAUUUUAACUGUAAUGUUCUUUUUUUCAAUUAAGGCCAUUCUAAGACAACGCCCUGCGUAAUUAAUUAAAAAAAAAUUAAAGCAUAAAUUGAAAAAAGGGCAAUUUCGCUGAGAUGAAGAUUUUAAAAGAAUUAUUUACACCUGAUGUCAAUUGGGAGUUAAACGAAAUUUGGAAAAUAAAUUUCAGUAAAAUCUUCGUUUCGAUUUUAUAAUUUGAAUUUUCAAAUUUUGUGGGCUGAAAUUUAUUCAACAAAUUUUGUUUCACUCCUAAUUGGUAACAACUGUAGGUAUUUUUUUAUACAUCGGCGAAAUUACUUCUACGUUAUCCUUUUUUCAAUUAAAGUUUCAAUUUUAUUUUUUUAUUUUUAAAAAGAUAAGAUGAGUAUAUUUUUUAAAAAAUCUUGAAUGUUACGAUAAAUUUGACUUCAAGUUUCAAUAACUUUUGUAUAGAUGAAUUUAUGAAUCAAAAAAUGAGAAAAUUUUUUUUUUGUAAAGCGUUUAAUUUCCUAAAAAAAUGAAUCCUGAAUUUAUCUUUACAAUCAGCCAUUGCUGAGGUAUAAAUUUACAAACUUAAAUUUUUUUCCCAUGUUAUUCAAAUGGGAAACCUUUUAAUAUUAUUAUUAAGAGCUCUAAUUUGAACUGGGAUUCUAUUUUACCUUCCUGCAAGUGUAGAAACUGUUAGGGCAUUGAAAAAAGAAUUACCCUUAAAUAGCACACCUUAAUAUAGGGCAGAGGUACCGUUUUUGGCCACUUUAGGGCCAGUUUUGGACACUUGAAAAAUUUUAAUAAAAUAAUUUGUAAAAGAUCCAGUAACAAUCAAUUUUUUAAAAAUGUUUAAAGAUACUUCUAUCCCACUAUUAAAAUAAAAAUUUUAUUUUACACUUUUUCGUUCAUUAAAAUAAAGGAUUAAAUGUCCAAAAAGCUUUAACUUUUUUUAAAUUAAUUAUCAAAAUUUUAAUACCGUUAUUACAAUUAAAAGUCAUUGAAUAUUUUAAAAAAGUGGGGGCACUGUCUGAGAAUGGCCUUAAUUAUUAAGAAACAAUUAGACGAGAUUAAAAAAAAUUAAUUAUUAUUAUCAGUAGUUUUUACAAUAUUAUUUUAUAAUUUUAUAUUAAUUUUAAGUAGUUAAAUAUUUGCCAUAACUUGAAUGUGUAUAUGUGCAUGCCUGCAAGUUUAUAUAAUAAAUAUGUAUGAUUAGUUAGAUUUUUGAAUGCGAGGAUUCACACUUAUUAAAAUUAAUAUCGUUUGUUGAAUGGAUUAAUUAAUUAAUUAAUUUUUUAUUUAAAUUAAUUCGACAAAGACAAGGAAGACAUAAAAAUUGUAAUUAAAUACUUUUAUGUGUACAAUGUAUACAUAAUUAAAUUUUUUUUUAAUUAUAUAUAACUAGUAAAGGAAGUAAUUAAUUUAAUUAUUGAUAAUUAUGAUAGUAAUUGCAAAUAUCACCAUUGCUUUGAGAUGUUUUAGGUGAUUUGCUCAAAAUAUUUAAGUUCUUAGCAUAUAUACGAGUAAAUAUAUAUGUUUAUAUUUAUAUUAUAUAUAUUAUAAAUAUAUAGCGAAGAAUUUUACAUUGAGCUUUAGUUAAUUUUUGUUGCUCAAUAGCCAAUUUGACUUUUAAAAGUAUUUUUAGCAACGAAAUUGACAAUUUAAAAUUUAGUUUCUACGAAUUUUGAUAAUAAAUCUCAUACUUUUUAUCAUUAUUUUGUAUAGUGACGAUGAAAAAAGACUCGGUAGAAUAAUUAUUCGUGAAUGUACAUUGAAAUGUUGAAUUGUUUUGAAUUGAUUUUUUUUUUCUGAUAUCAUGUAUUUUAACUUUAAUUGUUUGUUAUUUUAAAUUCAAGAUGGUGUAUAUUUUUUUAAAAUAUAAAAUAGUAUUGUAUUAUUAGUUAAUUAGUUUAUAUAUUAAAGAAAGAACGUAUUGUUCUCUUCUCUUGUCAUUUAGUUUGUACGUUUAAAUAAAUAAAUUUCAAAAUAUUUUUCCUUUUACAUUUCACAGCAGAAAAUCCGACAUGCUGCGACUCAACCUCGAACAUCAUUUCAUUAAACGGCUUCAGUUGCUCUAGAAAAUUAAUGUCGUGGUUUAUUUUUCAUAGAAUUUCUGAGUUUAUCACCGAGGAAUAAUAAAAAAUAUGUAUUGGGGCCAAUAACAGAGAUAAUUAAAAAAUUCUACUAGUUCUCAUUUGCAACUACAACUUUUUGACAGAUAAAUUAUGAUACUGAAGUUAGCCGGCGUCUAAUAAUUUUUGGAUUCUUUUUUAAACGAUAAAUUAUUAAAAAAAAAAUAUUUUAAAAAAUUUCACUUAGAGUUUUUUCAAUUUUCUACCUGUGUAUAUUUUUAGUUUAUUUUUUUUUCAAUAAUUUAUCGUUUUUCAAAAAAUCAUAAAAUUAUUAGACGUCGGUGAACUUCAGGUUCAUGAUAAAUUACUUUUUUUGCACGAUUCAUGAUGCGAAGCAUCAGAGAGUGCUUUACGAUCGAAAAAUUUUUUUCGCCUCACUUCGGCAACUAUUUUUUAUUAUUUUUUUCCUGCAUAGAAAAAAAAGGAUUUUCGGGUGCGAGAAAUAAUUUCAAUUGUGAAUUGAUAAAAAUUUUUUUGCGCCAAGAAAUCCUUUUUUUCUGUGUAGAAAAUCAUAGAAUAUCUUUUAAUAUUCUCGCGUAUUUCAGUAUUCCAAAUUAUUUUU